AUCGCGGGAGCGCAGGACAAGAGGCCAUUAACCUCCCUGGCGGUAUUCCCGAGUGUAGCUCGGGGUAGAGUUUUAGUACCAAAAAAAGCGGUAACCCCGAGCUACACUCGGGCUUACCAUGCGGCGCUGAAUAGGGAGUCCCUGCAGCACUUACCUUGUCCUUCGCUCCCACGAUGUGUCCCCUGAAGCGUCCCCGGCCAUCUCCUCCGGCUGAUGCCGGCAUCCGGCUUCUGUGUUCCGGUCCCCGUGACGUCGGGACGUACGGGCGGCGGCGGCGGCGGCGGGAAAUUUGAAAAUUUUAAAAAAUG